AGCAAACAUAAACUAUGUAACAUCUUGGUGGUCUUAGUUUUAGUGCAAAUAGACAGCAAGGAGUGAAAGUAACAAGGAAUUGGAUAAUAAAGUUAUUUAUUGCAGUGAGAAAAAAGAUGAAAUAAACAGAUUGCUAUUGGUGAUAUUUCAUACAUAAAUAUGGUUUUGCGAGAUUAUAUUAAAACUAGAAUACAGUUUUACUAUUUUUUAAUUAUCAUAACUGUAUUAUUAUAUGGAUUUUGCAUGUUUAAUACCAAAGAUGAUAAUUUAUUCCAUUUACAUCCAAUCAAGCUCAAAGCAAACAUCUACAACAGGAGCUUCGCUACAGAUCAGUGCAGUGAAGUUUUGGUUAAAUCCAACCAUUCCAUAAUGGACAAACUGACAGAAGGUGAAUGGCGGCCCAAAGAAGUAUCACAAGCAUACAAAAAAUCAGUAUUUAAAACUCUAGCAAAAUUAAGGCGCAGAAGCCAUAUAAAGCCGGAGACAGCAAAAAAUGGACGUUGUGGUUAUGUUCCGAAUAUUAAAUUCACAAAACUAUGUGAUCCCGAAGGACCAUACCCAUGUUGUAAAUACGCAAAAUGUAGGAAUGAAUCCAUUGAGGACUGCAAAUGCCAUAAUUGCCUGGACGCAAGGACUAAACUCCAUCCAGAGUUUUAUAAAUGGACACCAUAUAAUAUAACUCUUAACACAUUUUCACCAGAGGACUUAUGUGGGAUACUGCACAGAUUGCAGAUAUCUUUGGUGUAUUCUCUGGGAGAUUCACUAGGCCGUGGAAUAUGUGAAGGAGCAUGGAAGAUCAUGGAGUCUGUACAAACAUCUCCUGCUGACAUAAGACGAAAAGAAGACUACAAUAGUACCAAGAAUGACACCUGUGAUCAAGAUAUCUUCAAUUUGAAGGGACAAUGUUUCUUUCGUACAAAAAUGGCUGGAUUUGAAGUAUGCAACACAACUAAUAUUUACUGGUCAGGAUUAGCAAAACCUGAAGAAGGGAUUCCAAAGGAAAAGGCCCACCUUUCUGAGAUACUGAGCACAUCGCAUCCUGGAAAUGUUGUGCUUGUUAUGAACAUAGGCCUCUUUGUGCAACUCAAUGAAAGCAGGGCACAAGCCAUCAUAGAAACAAUGCUUACGCAUGUACAACAAACAUAUAAAGACAGAAAGUUCUACAUUUUUUAUUUCCCACCUUAUGUCCCUGGAUUGCUCAAAUGGAAGAGAUAUGUGCGCCAACAGAAGCCUGAAAGUUUGAAGUUUACAAAUACAAUGAGGAAUUAUGUGAUUGAUAAUAACAUUAGGAUGACAUUUUUGAACCCUCAAAAUUUGGCAGAAGAUGCAGCUAGCUAUGAUGGGACACAUUACACUCAGGGUCUAUGUGAAACCAUGUUUGAAAUUAUUAUGAAUUACCUGAACUACUCACAGUCAGAAGACAUGUACUAAACAUGGAUUACAAGUUACCCAGCUUGCCCAAAAACAAUAAGUUCUUAAUUUUCUUACCAAUGUACAUUCCUAAACAAGAUGUAGCAUUAUGCAACCAUAACAGGCAUUCUGAGACAGUACGAAAUAGAAUGGAACUAUAUGAAACAGUAUGAAACAAUAUGAAAUGAUAUGAAACAAUAUGAAAACAUUAUGAAACAAUAUAAAACAU